AUGCGACACGGUGGUGGGUUUCCAAUCGUCCCCUGUUUCCCCGGCGGAGGCCUGAUUCCCCCCCUCGGCGGCAAGAGGGCGGCCUCGGUGGCUCACACCUGCUCUCUCGUUUCACACAAGCGGAGCACCAUGCGCACUUCACCUCGCUCCGGUCAGCCCGUGCGGCUGUACGUGAAGGGCGUCAUGCUUGGCUUCAAGCGUGGCCUGCGGAACACGUACCACCACACCUCCCUCAUCAAGAUCCAGGGCGUGGAGGACAAGGAGGCGUCCAACUUCUACCUCGGGAAGCGCAUCGCUUACAUCUACAAGGCGAAGACGCUCAAGAACGGGACCAAGUACCGCGUGGUGUGGGGCAAGGUGUGCCGCGGGCACGGUACCAACGGGGUUGUACGGGCCAAGUUCAGGACUAACCUCCCGCCCAAGGCAAUCGGUGCUCCCGUGCGCGUGAUGCUCUACCCAUCCAAGAUCUAACUCUGCAGUUUGGCGAGCUAUCUUUUGUUUGGAAAUGAUCCCGGACGGCCAAUUGUAGCCACGCCAGCGAGGCCUGUUGGCGAUCAAAAGGCGUGCGGCACAUCCGUCGAAGAGGGUAGUCAACUCCGGCGGUGUAUCUCCGUGUCGUAGUCUUUUCCCAGCGCGGACAUGGCGGCUAGGUUGUUGGAAGGGGUGGAGAGGCGGACGUACGUGAGCGCGGCGAAAUGAACAAGCACACGCUGCCGAGUGCUGGCUGUUGUUUUAUCGGUUGGCAUCUGGUGACGGUGUUUUAGCGUCGAGGCUAUGGUGCGUCCGUUCGGUGGGGGGUGAAUAUUAAGCUUCACGACCUACCCGCAGGUUAAACAAAAAAAUUGAAACCCAAAUUAAUCACAAACCGCGUUUC